AUGGGUGUUGGCCAGCCCUCCUGGGAAGCACAAGAGGUGGAGCCAGCUGGGGACCUCUAUGGGGAAGCUGCCUGUCCUGCCUGCAAGGGACCCCUGGGCAAACCAAUAACCAACACCUGUGGACACUCCUGCCUGCCCUGACUUCCCCUGCCCUUCAAGAUGGGGGCCCAGGCCUCUGGCGAAGUCCGGCUCUGUCUCGUUUGCAAGAAGGAGGAGGAGGAAGAGGACAGCCUGGUGCCGGUGCCCCUGGGCCCUCUGGGGGAGGCUUACUGCGAGCAGCAUGGUGAGAAGAUUUACUACUUCUGUGAGAAGGAUGCUGACUUCCUCUGUGUGGUCUGCCGGGAGGAUCCCUCCCACCAGUCCCACAACGUGGGCUUCCUGGACGAGGCCCUUCAACCCUACCUGGAUCAACUCAAGCAUCAGUUGCAAACUCUGACUAAAGAGAAAGCUGAGAUUGAAGACAUGAAGAAUCAGGAAGACAAGAAGCUCCAAAUUCUUCUGCAUCAUAUUGAAGGCAAAAAGCAGCAAGUAGAAGCAUAUUUUGAGAAGUUUUACCAAGAUCUGGAGGAGCAGAAGUGUUUCCUGUUGUCCAUGCUGAGGGAGCUGGAGCAGCAGAUCUGGAAGGAGAAGGAGCACUACAACUCAGUGGUCUCUGAGGAGCUCUGCCAGCGUGAAGUCCAGGUCAAGGAGCUGGAGGAGAAAUGUCAGCAGCCAGCAAGUGAGCUUCUGCAAGAUGACAGAGUCAACCAAAGCAGGUGUGAGGAGAAGACUUUCAUGCGCCCAACGACCCUUUCUCUUGACCUCAUCGAGAGGAUCCGGGAUCUAAACAGCAAAAUGUACAUCCUCCCAAACAUGAUGAGGGCCUUCUCAGGAAAGUUGAUGCAUCAUCUCAAAACAGCUACAGGGCUCCUCACUCUGGACCCUCAGACCGCCAGCCUGAACCUCAUCCUCUCAGAAGACCUGAAGUCAGUGAGAUACACCAGGCACAAGCAGAACCUGCCCGACAGUCCCCUGCACUUCGAGGGUGUCCCUGGGGUGCUGGGCUCCACAGGCUUCACCACGGGGCACCACCACUGGCUGGUGGAGGUGAAGCUGGGAGAAGGCGGCAGUUGCAUGCUGGGGGUGGCCCGCGAAGACGUGAGGAGAAAGGGCUUGCAGGCCUUGAGCACCGAGGAGGGCAUCUGGGCUGUGGUCCUGUCGCAGCGGGAGUGCAACGCCAACACAGUCCCGAAAACCAACCUGCAGCUGGAAGAGGUUCCGCACCGCGUGUGCGUCUCCCUGGACUACGAGCUGGGGCUGGUGACCCUGUUCAACGUCGAGACGCAGGCUCGCUUCUUCGCUUUCAACGCCGCCUUCUCCUGCAAAAUGUUUCCUUUCUUCGCAGUCUGGAAAACAGGCUCCUGCCUUGCUUUGAAAGGCUGA